AUGGUGUCUCUCACAUCUGGUGCGAUAGAUCGAAUAAAUGCCGGCGACAGCAUAAAAGAUCCAAUUCUUAAAGUCGUGGGUUAUAAAAAUGUCCCCGGUAGUAAUGCCGGACAAAAUCGGUAUCGUCUAUUGCUUAGCGAUGGUGUUAAGUCUCAUUCAUUUGCUAUGCUUGCUACACAAUUGAAUCACCUCGUUGAAACUGGAAAGCUCUUAAAUGGCAGCAUUAUACGCCUAAAGAAAUUUGUCUGCAAUAAUGUUCAGAAGGACAAAUACGUUGUCAUUGUUCUCGAUGUAGACAUAGUCGGAUUCGAGCAGCAAACACCUGUUCAAGGUCGUCAACCCUUAAAUCAAGUUGAAGACAAUUCAUCUGUGCAGUCGACCGCCUCGUCUUUGCCGGAUCGGAAUGUUGCAAGUACUCCACCGCGGUGCAUUAAUUCACCUUUUGCAUCUGCCAGCCCUGGCACUCCUGGAGGUCGUGUUUUCAGUAUUCAGAGCCUCAAUCCCUAUCAGAGCCGUUGGACGAUUCGCGCACGUGUCUCUCAGAAGGGGACUAUUCGUACUUGGCAGAGGAGUGGUCGGGAAGGCAAGCUUUUCAGUUUUACUCUUCUGGAUUCCACUGGAGAAAUCCGAGCAACCGCUUUCAACGCCGAAGUGGACAAGUUUUAUGACCAAAUUGAGGUCAAUAAGGUCUACUACAUCAGUAAGGCCUCACUGAAACCUGCCAAUAAGCAGUUCAAUACUACAAACAAUGACUAUGAAAUGUCCCUAAACAGCGACACUCAAAUCGUGCCCUGUGAAGACGGUGAAGACGUCUCCGUACCCUCCUUCUCGUUCAACUUUGUUCCUAUUGGGAAGUUGGACGGUUAUCAACCAGGUGACUUUGUUGACGUAGUCGGAGUGGUCCACGAGUCUGGCGAUGUUUCUACGAUCACCAUUAGGUCAUCCCAACGAGAAGUACAGAAACGGGAAGUGGGUCUAGUGGACGAUUCCGGAUGUCUUGUGCGCCUCACUCUUUGGGGUCAGGAGGCAGUCGAUUUUGAUGGUACAAAUCACCCUGCAUUAGUGGUUAAAUCGGCAAAACUGAGUGACUUCAAUGGGAGAUCGUUGAGCACCACAACGCAGUCCUCUGUGAUGAUUGCACCGACUAGUAUCCCAGAGGCGAAUCGAUUGAAAGGUUGGUAUGAGAAUGGAGGAGGCAGUACGUUCAACUUCGAGAUGUAUCGCGGAGAGAUUAUGGGUGAGGUUGGUGGCGAGGGCUUCAGUGGUACACUGGGCUCGCGGGACUGGAACCCUCUGUCUGAUCUUGAGGCGCCCGGAGUGGGGGGUCAGGCUAAGCCGGACCUCUUCACCUGUAAGGCGGUGGUGACCUUCCUGAAGAAGGAGAACUUCAUGUACCAAGCGUGCACCACUGAGGGCUGUCAGAAGAAGGUUUUAGACUUGGGCAAUGGACUGUAUCGCUGUGAGAAGUGCAACCGCGAGACACCCAACUACAAGUGGAGACUUUUGCUUUCAGUCAAAAUCUCCGAUAUGACGGGUGAGCAUUGGAUUACGUGUUUCCAAAACACGGCUGAAGUCAUUCUUGGUCGAAAUGCUGAGGAAUUGGGCGCUAUUAAGGAGUCUAAGGAUGAGAAUCAGAUGGACAAUGUCUUUGUCAAUGCCAUUUUCAAAUCCUGGAUCUUUCGACUCCGCGCCAAAGUGGACACCUUUAACGAUGAGUCGAGGUUACGAGUCGUGGCUAUUGAAGCAAAGCCGGUAUCCUUUGCGGACUACGGUAGGCAGCUGCAGAAGCAGAUCGAGGCCAUCAUCCCAACUCUUCCUGCUGAGUUGACAAUGGAUGAUGCAAUGGACUGA